AUGGCCCUCCCUGAAGUUGCUGAUUUCGCCCGCAACUUCGCGGUCAUGGUCAGAGUUCAAGGCCCUGACCCAAAGGGACUCAAAAUGCGUAAUCACGCUUUCCACCAUUAUAAUUCUGGCAAAACAACACUCUCUGCAUCCGGAACACUUCUUCUGGGUUUUGAUUUGGAUGCUUCUACAAGCAGCAGCAACACCGUGCAAGUUUUGACAGUUGCUUCUGUAAUUGAGCCAUUUUUAUCACAAAAAUUCAGGGAAAACAUAUCAAAGGACAAAGCCCAAUUGAUACCUGGUGCUCGGAUUGAUAUAAUGUUGGAGGGCACAAAAGUGCUGGAAGGUGAUAAAGUGGGGAAUGAGGAGGCUUGGUUGCCUGCUGAACUGAUAAAGAUGGUUAACAUUCCAGAAUCAUCUUCUGCUGUUCAAUCGCUGAUUGAAGCUUCUUCUGGUUCAUUGGAGCAUGGUUGGGAAGUUGGUUGGUCGCUAGCCUCUCAUAACCGUGGUCCUCAACAUAUUAUGGAGACCAUUCAGUCACAGGUUGAGCAAUUUUCCUUCCAGAGCCAAAGACAAAUGCUUGGGAUGGAGUUGAGCAAUCCGUAUCUUAUGGGCCAAUCAACCACGAGGAUUGCCCUGCUCACUAUUCCCUCAAAACUUUUUGAGAAUUUUCCGAAGUUAAAUACAUCUGUACCCAGGAGGGGAGAUCUUGUUCUGGCUAUGGGUUCUCCUUUUGGCAUAUUGUCGCCUGUACAUUUCUUUAACAAUUUAUCAGUGGGGUCCAUUUGCAACAGCUAUCCACCCAGUUCCUCCAAAAGAUCUUUAUUGAUGGUUGAUAUUAGGUGUCUUCCUGGAAUGGAAGGUAGCCCAGUAUUCGGAGAAUGUUCUCAACUUAUCGGUCUUCUGGCUAGACCACUGAGGCAAAAAAACAGUGGCACUGAAAUUCAGCUGGUGAUUCCGUGGGAUGCCAUUGCAUCGGGUUGCAGUGAAUUGCUGCACGAGGAGCCCCAUGUUAAAAGGAAAGGGAACCAUUGUAAUGAUGAAAAUUUGAAGACAUCGCCCAAAGGGAAAUUAGAUGGAUCCUCAAGUGACGUGCAAGAGCAUCCUCAUUCAGGUCCCCUUCUUCCUUCUCCUGUAGACAAGGCAAUGCCUUCUAUUUGUCUUGUUACCAUCGAUGAUGGAUCAUGGGCUUCUGGUGUUUUGCUCAACAAACAAGGUCUCAUUCUUACUAAUGCUCAUCUCUUGGAGCCAUGGAGAUUUGGUAAAGCUUCUGCAAAUGGUGAAAUAAAUGAGAUCAAGUCCAAGGUUGCUACUUUUCCAACCAAUGAAUCUACACCUAACGGUCCUCAGAAUUUGCAUCCAACAAAAUCGAGACCAUUGGAUAUUUUGCUUAAUGGUGAGCAGGGGUUAUCUAGACGUGGCUUGGCCAACAUCAGCCCUAGAAGCAUAUGUGUCCGGUUAGAUUUUAUGGAUCCUUGGACAUGGAGCAAUGCUAGUGUUGUUUAUGUUUCCAGAGGGCCAUUGGAUAUUGCCCUGUUGAAGCUUGAGACCGCAUCGGAUCAACUUUGUCCCAUUGUCAUGGAUUUCACUAGUCCAUCCCCUGGAUCAAAGGCAUAUAUAAUUGGACAUGGUUUGUUUGGACCACGAUGCAACUUCCUUCCAUCUGCUUGCCAUGGUGUAAUAUCUAAAGUAAUUGAAGCAAAGAGGCCUAAACUGCAAUCCAAUCAGCUGAGUAGAGAAGAACUUUUUCCAGCUAUGUUUGAAACAACAGCUGCUGUUCAUCCUGGCAGUAGUGGUGGGGCCGUUGUCAAUUCUGAUGGUCACAUGAUUGGUCUUGUCACAAGCAAUGCCAGGCAUGGUGGAGGGACUGUUAUACCACAUUUGAACUUUAGCAUUCCAUGUGCAGCUCUGGCGCCAACCUUCAAUUUCUCCAAAGAUAUGCAGGACUACUCGCUUUUAGAAGAUCUCGACAAGCCUAAUGAACACCUUUCUUCUGUAUGGGCAUUGAUGCCACCAUUAUCUCCAAAACCCAGUCCCUUCUUGCCCAAUCUACCUCAGUUUCCCAUAGAAGAUAAAAAUGAAACCAAGGGUUCUCGAUUUUCCAAAUUUAUUGCUGAGACGAAUGAGUUACUGAAAAAUACAGCUGAGCUUGGCACGGAUAAGAACUUCUCUAACAAACUAAUACCUAGUAAGCUGUGA